GUCAUGGUCGAGCUCGUGUCGUUGAGGCAGUCACCUCGAACAGCCCUUAGCUGCUCUCUUCCCAGCGGCAGCAGUUUUUCACCAUCGUUAUCGUACUUCUACAGGCAACGCAAGAAGCUACAUCACUACUGCUUUUCACCUCUCCAAGACACAUCCAGGAAAUAAUGCUGAGCUUCCAGAACCCGUUGGCCGUAAAAAGAAUUUUGUCGAGUCCUUGUUCGGUCACUAAGAUAAGAAUUCAAUGGAGGAGUUCCUGGAUAUCCUCUCAAGCGAAUCUCCACGCAUCGAAGAAAAGCUUGACCAUCUAUUCAAAUCAACUCAUCCGAACACUAUUCUCGAACUCGAUCCCCUUGAGCUUAAGGGCGAAAAAAUUUCGGCAUGGCGCGACACUGUUGUGGAUGCACCAACCCUGUUGAAGUACAAGUACGAUCGCAAACUCAUUCUUUCCGGUGCAGAAUUCAGCAGCAUAGAGGAAUAUGCCGCUAUCAUGAUGUAUGACAAAUGCGGCCUGCUGCAAAUGCUUCUCUAUCAAGAUGGCCAUGAAGAGAUACGAAAACCAGCACGCAAGAUUGUGAGCGAGAGAAAAAUUAAGCCUUUGAUUGAACUACUCAUGCCUUGGGUCCCUCAACUAUAUACUAGUUCGUUCACAGAGAAUGGCUUAAUUGACCCAAAGACAAUGAGAACAAUGUGUGAUGCGGUGGCCGCAGUUGCAAAUAACUUGGAGAUGCCUGAGAUUAAAGCCGAAUGCGUGGGCCCUCAAAAGAUCUACAAGUCUCUCACGCGCCUGAUGAUGGAUCUAGGAGAGGCCACGGUAAGAUGUGAGAGCGUGGAAACUCAUCUUGCCACCAGUUUGUUCUUGUUUUUGACAGCGGAAGAGAUCUAUUCUCAUCUAAAGGAAUCGGACCAAACAGCUCUUAGAUCUAUCGUAGCAGCGUUCCUCAAGAACUAUGUUGCUUCACUCUUGCUGGUGGAGUCAAUCGAUUCUCAAACACACAGCCUUAAGUUGGCAAAGUUAGCAAAGGUGACUGCAUAGAUCUUCCAGUUAUUUUCGUUGUUGUAUCUUGGGUUUUUGGGGUACCUCUUGUUAUAAAUGGAUGUUGAUGUCUGAACA